UUCCAAAAAUUUUUUUUAUCUUAUAAUCUUAUAAUCUUUAAAUUAAUGUUUUCCAUCGUGAUGCACGAAUUUUUCAUUAGACUUGAUUUUUCAAUAAAUAUGUAGAAGAUACUAUUUUUUUCCGAUAGAGCGCGUUAUAAGCAUUCAUGUUGGUUGGGCGCGAUCGUGCGCGAAUGCGAACGAGUUUUCGUAGUUGGUGCGCGGCCGGUCGGUUGGUUUGUCUCGUGUGUUGCGUUGUCCUGUCAGUUCUCGGUGAUACUGUUGACAAAAAAUCGACCAGAACACGUGUUGAAUACGUCAAGUUAUUUCUCAACGGAUGUGCGUAGAUAAACUAAAAGCGUCUCAAAUAUUAAUCUCUGCUUCUAGUUUGAUUGUCGAUGUGAUACACCUCGGAGCACGUGGAUUUCCGGUGACAUAGCCGAGGAUCACGAUGAGUGUACUGCACGAGAGAAACCUUGAACUUGAAUUGCUGAAGAUCGUCGAGGCCUCGCUGUCUUAACGACUUGUUUUCAUCGACGUGUCAAAAUCGUGAACAGCCCCGGAAGUGACAGGACAGACAGAGGGUAUAGCCGCGACCACCGAUGGCGGCCGCGAGCUUUCCGCCAAACUUCUCGAACGUCGGCAUAUUGGAGAACUGGCUUUCCACGACUCUUCUCGGAGAAGAGGAUCAGAGGAAAGAGGGGAAAAUGAGUUAGAGAGACAAAGGCGCAGAGCAACAACGAGCCGGGCUACACACGAGACCGAGCACGAGCCUUUUCACCCGAGAACCCCUGUUCCGUCUCUCUUUUUUUCAAGGAUGCAGGUACGAAUCCUGGUCGCCGGUCCUGGUGAACCGACGUUGGACCACCAGGUGCGAGCACGAACAACGGAGCGACGGUGACCGGGACCCGGUAUAUUGUCUCUCCGCCGGCAUGGAGGCGGCGAACGGUGCGAUCGAGCACGACUUUCACAAUGCUCUGGUGCCUAUAAACGGUAGCCAUUCCGGCAGCUCCGGGAGGAGUACACCGAAUGGCGGCGAUCCAGCACCCGGCAAACUCUUUGUGGGUGGCUUGUCCUGGCAGACCAGCAGCGAGAAACUCAGGGAGUACUUCGGCAUGUUCGGUACCGUCACCGACGUCCUGAUCAUGAAGGAUCCGGUUACACAGCGUAGUCGCGGCUUCGGUUUCAUCACAUUCGCCGAGCCCGGUAGCGUGGACAAGGUGCUGAAGUGUCCAAUCCAUACGUUGGACGGGAAGAAGAUCGACCCGAAGCACGCGACGCCAAAGAAUCGCGCGAAACAGGCUAAUCGGACGAAGAAGAUUUUCGUAGGUGGUGUUAGCCAGGACACGAGCAGCGACGAAGUGAAGGCCUACUUCAACCAAUUCGGCAAGGUGGAGGAGACGGUAAUGCUGAUGGAUCAACAGACGAAACGGCACCGCGGCUUCGGAUUCGUCACGUUCGAGAACGAGGACGUGGUUGACCGCGUGUGUGAGAUCCAUUUCCACACCAUCAAAAACAAGAAGGUCGAGUGCAAGAAGGCCCAGCCGAAGGAGGCCGUUCAACCGGGCGCCUUGACUCUCGGCAAGAGGGUGGUGUUGGGAGCGCUUGGGGUCAGGCUGGCGCCACAGCCCCCCCUACCGGUCGCCGCGGCUUCGCAGAUCGUCGCGGCCCAGGCCCAGGCCCAAGUUCAAGCGGCCGCGGCCGCGGCCGCGGCCGCCCAGGUCCAGAACGCCGUGGCCGGAUACGGGAAACUGUUCGCCAGCAGUUAUCCGGCCCUCUCCGCGUACCGUUACGCCCCCUAUCCGAUCCCGGCGGCGGCGGUCGCCGCGGCCGCGGCCGCGGCAGCCCCGGCCCCCGCUCCGGCCCCGCCUGCGGCCGCCGCCGCCGCCGCCGCCGCGGCGGCAGCCACCCCCGCGGCAGCGGCCGCGGCCGCUGCAGCGCCCGCCAACCCCUACCAAGGCUACUCGCUCACCAACGUCGACAUGUCCAGCUUCCAGGGCGUCGACUGGGGCUCCAUGUACGGAAUGGGCAUGUACGUUUAAACGUUUUUCGCGGCGGUCGGCUUUUCUUACCUCUGAGACUAUUAUACACGCGACUUCGAGAGCAAUGUGUAUUAUAUUGUGCGACCAUUUCGAUCUUAGCGCCGACCAAGUGUCCGCUGUCUCUUCCUCGUUCAUCUCAUCUCGAUGGACGAUUUCUCGGUUCCCUUCUCCCUUCCUCCCUCCCCUUCCCUCCUCACCCUCCCUCCUGCUUCGCGACUGUCUUCCUGCGCAUUGUAUAAACGGGCGGAUGUCUUGAUGAUCAUGAGGCGAUUUUUUUUUUUUUUUGCGUUUUUUUCUUUUUCUUUUUUUUUUUCUUUUUUUUUUUUUUUUUUUCGUUUUUCGUUUUUUCCACCAUCACCUGUCCCUCCCCCGCCGUACCACGCCCCCUCGUUUUUUCCCCGCUUUAGACGCGAGUAGACGACGUCUGAGUGUCCGAGGAUGUGUUGGUAUUGGAAGAAGGAUGAGACGUCGAAAGCGUGGUGGGGUGUGAAGGAAAAGGAGAAGAGAGCGGUCACACAGUUUGAGAGGGAACUCGGAAGCGUAUCAGAGUCUGAACACCAGGGCAUGGAGGGAAGUUCUCGUUUGCCCUGAAUUCGAAGUCAUUCUUCUUACGUUUGCCACUUGUCAUUAUAUCGCUUGUCGAUUAAUUUAUUAGCCUGAGUGCGAGAAUAAAGUUAGGAGAAUAUUAUAUACGCAUGUGUGCAUGUGUGAAAGAGAGAAAGUCGCGCGUAAUGAUGAUCGCAUAGCAUAUUUUUAUUGCGAUAUACACGAUUCGUUCACCCUUCGUUUACGAAUUUUCUUUCCUUUUUUUUUUUUCGUUUCCUUCUUACUUUUAUUCCUUAUAUAUAUAUAUAUGUAUGUAUGUGUAUAUAUAUGUAUAUAUAUAUAUAUAUAUAUAUAUAUAUAUAUCUUUAUUUCGUCCAUUUCUAUCGUUUCACGCGCUUCGCGUUUUUCACCGCAUUCGGUUCCUAGUUAGAUUAGCACACCAACCUCCACCAACACGAUAUGCGCGGCAUAUGUUCGACCGCGCCCACUCCGUACAGUAAUUAAUUACUUAAUUAAUUAAGCGAUAUCGACGGUCGAUUCGUGACCGUCGUCUCACUCUCAAGGAUCUCGACCAUGAAGCAAUAAAACAGGGGAGGAUAGAAUGAGAAACAGAGAUGAGAUAGAGGACAAAGAAAUUGGAUGUAUUACGCCGUGAACGACCUCGCAAAUCGAUUAGACGAGGAUCCGUUCGCUCUUGCUUUUUCCUUUUUCUAACGAAAAUUUCUUUCGAGAAUCAUCCUAUAUAUAUAUGUAUAUAUAUAUAUAUAUAUAUACAUAUAUAUACAUAUAUAUGUAUAUCUCAUUCUUCGACUUCCAUUUAGCCAUUCUUGGCAAACUCCCAAAAAAGCGCAAGCACGCGGGAACGUAACGCGAUUCGCAGCACACACAUACACAUACUCUCCUUCCACUCCUCCAAGAACGAGAGGCAGUUCUCCUGUUUGUCUCGCGACAUACUCCUCCUCCGCCUCGGUCAACAAAGUGCCAAAAAAACGAAGUUUGUUCGUCUCUCUAUUUACCUUUUCUUUCUCCCUCUCUCUCUCUCUUUGUCCUUCCUCUCCUCAUAUUUUCUCGACUUUAAAUUUUUUUCCUCUCCUUCUCCUUCCUUUUCCAUCAUAUAUUCCCGAUCGUUGAUGCGUUCUCGCGCGCUUUUGUUCGAAACAAACGGCUGUUCGCGUCGGUCACACGGUCGCAAACAGGCACGGUCAACCACGCGUACUCACGUAGGGAGAAGCAGAUAUAACGGCGUUCAAGCAUAUAUCGACACAGAUAUAACCACAUAACAGAUGUAGACGGGACGCGUCUAAAUAAGAAUAGCGCAUAGGUAUACAUAUAUUUUUCUUCGAGUAACGGAAGACAAUAUUUCUCCAAUUGCGCGCGAAUAACACGAGCAAAACACGAUCGCGACGUAGAAAGAGAGAAAGAGAGAGAAAGAGAGAGAGAGUGUGUGUGUGCGUGUGUGUGAGAAAGAAUGAGAAUGAGAAUGAGAAAAAGAGAAAGAGAGAGAGAGAGAGACAAAUACAUUUCUAAGGGAUACUCGUUUCUAGGUUAUAUUAGAGGUCGUGGAUAAUAACGCGACAACGCGGUAAACAGGAACCCAAGAUUGAGAUUAGCUCAGCGUGUUAUAUUAAGCGAUUUUUAGUUCGUAAGUUUGAAACAGAUUUAAGAUAGACUUUUAAGGCGUUCGUAAUAAAAACGAAACGAUACUUAAUUUAUACGUAUCCGUGGGCAUCGUGUUCUCCGAGUUUUUCGAGAUAUCGAUCGAGACGCCGAUCUGCCUCCGCGGUUCGAUCUUCCGCCUCUUUCGAUCGACUCGCGUGCUUCCAACAUUUUGUCAGGGAUGUAACAAAUGUCUUCGCCAUCGAUUCUUCGCUCUCCCCUUCAAUGUCUCUCGUGGACACUUUUCCCUCUUCUUUCCCAUAUUAUCUCCACCAGAAUUCCAAUUUCUUCUUUCGAUUUUCUUUUUUUCCCAAUGAGGGAAAUAACAUUGGCUGGAUCUCGAACGAUGCGGGAUCGCAAAGAAUCGAUCGCGAUAGGCGUGAAAAAAUUUCAGAUUUAAAAAAGGCGCAAAUCGUCUUAUUUAUUCACGAAACGUGUACGAUCGACGAAAAUUUCGAACGAUCGAGCGGAAGAUCGACGGUCUCGUGUGUGCAGACGCAGCGAUUCAAUGAAUAAAGAAGAAAGAGAGGGGGAGAGCCGUCAUUGAAAAGAGGAACACGGUGCCCCGAAACAAAUGUGAGAAACGUCGAGCAAUAAGCGAUUUACUGAAACUUUAAGCUGUGUACUGUUUAAGUUUAAGGAGAUACGGUAAGCGCGAUUAUGCGAGAAAAGAGUUAAAAAGAAAAAAAAAGACAAAAAAAAAGAGAAAAAGAAAACGAGAAAAAGAGACGAUAAUCUGUACGCGUAAAGAAAAUAAUUAAGGGGAAGAGAAUUCCGCUCCAAACGAGGAUAGAGAGCAAGAACCGGUUGUGUAGAAAGGAAAGCGUGAAAAUGGAGCGGAAGAAAUUCGAGGUGUUUAUCCUCUUGCAAACGACAAGUAAUAUUCUUUAGUGAUAUAACUUUAAACAUAUACUUAAUAUGUACCGUAAUAAUUAACGACGACGACAAAGCUCGCGAGUGAUAUUUAUGACUUAUAAGAAGGUACUUAGAUGAUUAAGGAGAAAAAAAAAGAAAUUUGAGAGAGCGAGAGAGAGAGAACGAAAGAGCGUGAGAGAAAAAGAGAGAAAGAGGAUGCAAAAGAGCAAGCGAGUGUGUGCAAAAGAGAGUGUGAGAAAAACGAAGCACGCCUUAAAAGAGAUAAAUCGCGAAAUAAGCACGCGCACGCAUGCGCGCGCGCGUGCGCGCGCAUAUACUCUAGCGAAACCAAGCAAGAGGCAAUGAUUUGAUUAAAAACCACGGUGCAACCGAAUUCUAUUUUCCACGGUCUGCGUAUUACGGGACGGUACGCAGUAUCAAGAUAGAAUAUGGGUGCGUACUUAAUGCUAACCUCGAAGACAACCCGAUAUCGGUGUACCCUGUAACCCGCAGCUUCCACUUUUUCUUUUCCUCUUCUUUUUCCACCUUCUUUCUCUCUUCUAUCCUCCAUUUCCCUUUGCGGUUGAUCAUAUAUUGCAAAACAUCGGUCCAUCAUUUCCUUGUUUCUUCCCUUCACCCAAUAUUUCUCUUUCAUAUCCAGUUCUUCUUCGUCUUUCGCUUUUCCUUUUUUUUUCCCCACUCUCCUCCAGCUCUCAGUAAACUCGAUCAAAACAUUCUGAAAAUAUCGAUCCAUUUUUAUUUCGUUUUUUCCCCUCGCCCAUAUUUCCCUCUCGUGUAAUUUUUCUUCUUCUUAUUUCACUUUUCUUUUCCUUUCCUUUCACUUGAAAUAUGUCACAAAAAUGUCGAUAGAAAGGAAGAUAGGAUUCCGCUCUCGCGCGAUCUCGUGCGAAAAAUGUAGAUCGUUUUGCACGAGAACGCGACGACGUUGGACCUCUUCCUCUACUCUACUCUAUCGAUACGAGACCACGAUCUUCUUUUUUUUUGUUCCGACUCUACGAACGUAUCCUUAUUUUUCCUGAAUUUUUCCAAUUCUCUAUCCCCUCUCCUCCCUACCCUUUUCAUCUGCCGGUGAUUAUGUAUUUUAUAUACGCUACACGCACACGCUCAUACAUAAACACACGUACACACGUAAAAAGUACUUAUUGCGAAUGUCGAGAGUAAUUCUUAGCGUAGUUAGUAUUUUAAUGAUCGCUAACCAUCCAUUAGUUGCGAAUGAUCAGUAGGUGAGAAGCAUGCUGGUUGAAAUUUAUCUUUAGAAUCCGGAUCCCGUUGUUCCUUCACCGCCCUCGUCGUUUCAUUGUACAUGUUUUAAGAAUAAUAUUUCUCGCUGCUCUGCCUUCUUGCAGACAAUUAAAUCGCGACCGUGUCUCAUCGAAAUCAAUAUUCGAUCGGACAUUUCUUUAUCCCCAUUUCUUUUCCUUUUACCGUUCGUUCUUUAAAUUUCUUUCAACUCUUUUUUUUUUCUAUUGCAUUUUUGCGCGCGCGCGCGCGCAGUAUAUUGUUUCAUUCUGCUUUUUUUUUUCUCCCCCAAAAUGUAAUAUUAUCGAUUUAAAUGUAUAUUUGCGUAAGAUACAACGAUUGAAUGUAUAAUUAUUGCUGGUAAUUUUACAUUGUCCUUAUAUUUCCUUUUUUAAUCCAGUUGUUUCUAUAUUUUUUUUUUCUCUCUCUCUUUUAUUUUUUGUUCCGUACACCAUGGCUGAUCUCUACAUCGACUUCACGAGAGAGAUUAAUUUAUUUUCGGUCGACAGAGCAGCAUUAAAUGGAUUAAAGAUGAAUUUUUCAGAGGAUCGGUUGAUUUUAACCGCGAAAUUUAAUCGCGAAUUUUUUUCUUUUUUUAACGAAUUCAUUCUUAUCGAUGCUAGUGUCUUUUUCUUUCGAAACGACCGUUCCUCGAAAAAUAAAAGAUAAAGCCUCGUACUGCCGUUCUGGUCACGGAACAAACGGUUUUCGCCACUUUUUUUCUAUUCAAAGCGACGAAUGGAGCGAUAAUUGAAAGAUAGAACGAAAAGAGACGAAGACAUGUUCCUUUUCCAAAUUCACCUUCAUCCGACACAUACACCUUUUCCCUUUUACAGAAAAAUUAUAUAUUCCGCAUUACCCUUAUUAUUAUUAUUAUUAUUGACUAUUAUCAUUAACUACUUAUUAUGAAUAUUAAUAUUGUCAUCAUCAUUGUUAUUAUUAUUACCGCCAUUAUCGCUAUUUCAUCAUUGUUAUCAUUAUUUUUUACCCACCGGCAUCGUCAUCCCUGCAAGUACGAUUGCGAUCACUGUUGCUAUAUUGCGUAUCAUCGUAUUAUUAAUCGUCAUUUAACCUUUUCUCUGCGAACUCACAGUGUAAUCGUAAUUACCAAUGAAUCGUUCGUUCGCAGGGAUUAUUUCCAACGCAUUAUGGGAUUUAAGAGGAAUUGAAAAUUCAUUGGUAAUCGCUUGAGAAAUCUCAUUGCUCCGAUCUUCGUCUCCUUUCUUUUUCCUCUCCUCAGUUUUAUUUUUCAUCUCCCGUUUUCGUCUUAUUAUUAUCCUUGCAAUAAAGAUCGUCUUUCUUUUAACAACUGUACGAUGUACUGAAACAGCAUCGGCAUAUAUAUUCAUAAUUUAUCGAUUGUUUACUAAUUUUGACAAAAAGUUUUCGCUCGAACGAAGUAACACGAAAUUCUUUGAAAAUAUAUAUAAGUUUUUAAAAAGUAGUAAAAUAAAAUGUUAAAUCGAUAUGAAUAUUAAGCGGAUACGAAGAAAAUAAGUUACAUAAUAACAAAUAACAUUUGUGUUUAAUUAUGAAAAUAACAGUUGUACAUAAAAAUAAUUAUACGCGAGAAAAUGAAAAUUUCACAAAAUAUUAGAUAAUUAUAAAUAUUUAAAAAAAAGAUGUUUAUUUCUUUAUGAAACAAUAAAUGUUUUUUUUUUUUACAAGAAUAUCUGUUUGUUAAAUUAUUUAUUUGUUCUUUUGUUUCAUUUUAUUUUUUUUUUUUUCUUCCUUUCGUAUUUACUUUAUAUCACAUUGAUUUAACAACGACACGUGUUUUACAUAUAUAUAUAUAUAUACAUAUAUUACAUAUUUUAAAGUAUUUUCGAUGAAUUUCGUAUUUCGCGUUUGGAUCAGAACUUUUUGCUAGAAAUAGUAACAGCACGAGACUGCAACUAGCAACUAUCUACAUAUGAUCAAGAUAUACAUACAUAUUAUUUCGUAGUACAAUAGAAUUUCUAUAAUUCGACAUGGUAGACGAUGCUUGAUUAUUCAAUUGUAUCUUUAAUAUGAUAGAACAAGAAAAGUAACACGAAAAAACAAACCAUCAUGGUUAAUGACACGAUUUAUUAAUAAAAAUAAAAAAAAUAUAUAUAUAAAUAUAUAUAAAUAUAUAAUGUAUAAUAUAUGAGAAAUUAAUAUAAAUAUAUCCAUAGGAAGUAGAAGCCAUGAUGAUUAUCGAAUAAUAUUCGUAGAAUGAUGAUUAAGAUGUAAUUACUGAGUAUUUGGAAAUAUUGUGUAGAAUAAAUAAUCUCUAUGCGAGCAGUCAUUUUUGUGAUCGAUGAAAAAGAAUCGAUGCUGUUGUCGUUGGGUGGACUAUUACUUCUAUUAAAAUGUGCGUAAUAAUUGAUGAUAUGUGCCGAUGCUUGUUCAAAGCCAAAGCUGUUAGACGGACGAUGAUCUUUCAACACUUAUAUUGUCAUCAUUAUUUUAUUUGGUUUUUCGUUUGAUUUUGAUUGUGCCAUAAAAAAUAAUCGCGGAACCGACCGUUCAAUGAGACUCGAGCGUUCCCCGCAGUGAUAAAAGGACGAGACAGAAAAUAUACACGAUAUAUUUACACGUGCGAUUAUAAUAGAUAUCGACGAUUCCAAACCGUGAAGGGAUCGAGACACGGCACGAUACAGCAAGAGUACGCAGGGCGGCGAACGCGAAGAACGCCAAGAACGACGGAUUAAUUAGUUUAGUUCGAUGCCUAGAUGAGUUGCCAAUAAAGUAGUUCGUUUCAAACUUGUAGCUAACCUGUAUUGUGUGUACGAUACCCUUUUCCUCCUUCGUUGUUUCCUCUCCCUCCCCCUUUUUUUUCUAUUUUUUUUUUUUUUUCUCUCUCUCCGUAAUAGAAACCUUUCGAUCGUAAUUCUGUAUUAAUCGCGGCUAAUUAUAUAUCGUUCUAUUUCAUUUCGCCAUAAAGAUGGGAAUAUAUGUGAGAAUAAAAUUCUCUCGAGAGCUUCCAAAAGCUUGCGAAAGAGUGAAAAGUAAACUCUCGAGAGUAGAGAAAUUGAUUUUACUCGCACAUGUAUUCGCAUCCUGAGUAACAUCCUUAUUAAUUAUUUUUUUCUUUCUUUUGUUUUAAGAGCUGUAUAAUUAUUUUUUUUUUUUUUUAUUUUACGUACUCACUCACGUAUGUAUUAUUGUUUAUGUCUCUCUCUCUGUAUAACUCAUAAUUGAAUCUCAAGUUUUAGAGUAUUAUCUAUCAGAGUAUUUAAUUGCCAUCCGAUUCUGAUGGUUUUUAUUGUUUUUUUUCUUUUUCUUUUUUUUUUCGUAUUUUCUAUUGUUUUCUCUUCUUUUUCGUAGACGAUUUAUUUUUAUUAUAUAUAUAUAUAUUUAUUUAUUUAUUUUAUUUUACUUUUUUUUUUUAUUGAAUUCCCCAUUCGGUCGGUAGCGUCGAAGGUUGGCGCAAUCAUCGGUGCCGGAGGCACAGUACCGCGGGCGCAUCGCUAAUUGGCUAAUUAAUAUUAAGCCGUAAUUAGCCUCGUUAACCCCGGUAGGCACUCGUUUCACGCUGCUCUCUGGUUGGCCGGAACACGAGCGUUGCGUGCCUUUUACUCGUUACCGCAGUUCUUCCUAGCUUCCUACCUUGCAUCGCGUAUCGAGGCCUUCCCUCUAGAUAACGCUAUUUCUCGACCGUUCACAAUUUGCCAUCACGGCCAUCAAACGGUUAGCCUCGCUCGUAUCUCAAAUUCAAUCGAUGCUCGUCACCAAAAUGACGAGUUAAUGGAACGCGAGGAGGGAGGGGGGAAGGGGAGAUGAAACGAUCGCGACAUUUUUUGGCAUAAUUGAUAAGCAAAACAGUUCGUUUCUAUCGAACAAUUUCGUACGACGAUCGAAUUUUUCGUCUUCGAAACGAGGAAAGAGAAGAAACGUUCCCGUCGUGCCGGAGAGCUGCGUGCGCAUCCUCCUCCGUGCGUGUGCGUUGCGCGUGCGCAUCACACGUUACGCGCGUAGACGAUAGAAACUUUUAACCGUUACUUUCCUUUUUCUGUCGCUCUAUGUUGCUUCUUAAGCGGUUCAAGAUAGCCAGCGGAUGUGUUGUAGCGCAUGCAUACUUAGUUAGACCAUUCCUGGCGCACUCUAACCAGCAAGUAAGAGUAAGAGUUUAAUAAAUUCGAUAUGUACACAGUUUUUUUUUUUUUUUUUUCUUCUCUCGUCAAGUAUAUCCAGCGGACCCAUCUUGCUCCAGACGAUCCCUUCGCGAUACCCUUGCGCGACAAGGGGAUCGUCCACCUCUCUCGUUCCUUCCCUCCCCCUCCCCCAGUGAUUAUCUUCCGUGAUUUCUCAUCUUGCAAAGGCGAGAACGCAGAGGCCCGACGGCUUUUUCUUUUUCGCGUCAACUUCUUCCCUCCCCCUUUUUUAACCCUUUGCACUUGAUGAGAGGGAUCUCGAUCGGGAAUCUCCCAAACUACGUUUAUCUUUGACCAAGAGUAUCCGAAGGACGAGCUUGUUAAUUCUUUUCUCGAUAAAUCGGAGAAAGUUGGGCCGUGCGCAAAGGGUUAAUCUCGCGAGCAAGUUGGUUUCGUUUCGGCGCCGAUUUCGGAUAAAUGUUACCGUCUUCCAUCCUGUCCCUUUCGAUUCGUAUGCCCGAGUAAACGAAAUAUCUCUUUGUUUUCGAAAUUUGUGGUAAUCUCGGUUUAUCAUGAGUAUAUAAAGAAAACGAAAAAGAAAAAAAAAAGAAUAUUCGCCGAUAACGGUUAAAAAGGAAAAAAACGGAUCGCUGUUCGCUCGAGCAUACGGAAGCAACCGAGCACGGAGAAAGGAUCUUACCGACUUUUCGAUCGAAAACUAAACCGAAAAUUAAACCGCGUGAAAUAUACGCGUGAAAUAUAAAUAUCUUGCCUUCGAAUCGACCUUAGAUUAAAAAAAAAAAAAAGAAAAGAAAAAAAAAUUCGACGAUCCUUUUUUUCGAAAGUGGGAUCGAUGUGUACAUAUCGUCGUCGUCGAGUAUAUUAGUUUAACGCGAACCUUAGAAACGUAGUAGUUCGUUUUAUACCUAUACGUCGCGCUGUGAUUUCUCACGUGUGAUAACUCGCCCCGAAAAGGGGGCAAAGAAAGAGAGAAAGAGAGAAAGAGAGAGAGAGAGAAAGAGAGUGUGUGUGUAUCGAGCAGCAGAAAGCCAAAGUAACGCGAAUUUUCCCCUCGUCAUAACGUAACGGACCAAUUCGGUAGACAUUUGUGCGUUUUCCUCGGGCGUCUGGAUGCUCGCUUUCGAUUCUUCAGCUGCGUCGGGCACAGAUUAAAUACAUAUCGACUCGCGCAACAUAUCAUUCCGUGAUUUGGGCCGGGGCCGUGCGAGUUUCGAGGAAAAAUAAGGAACGCGCGUUAUUUGGGUAUCGAUGGAAAAUUGAAAUUUUCAAACUAUUAAUUUUUUCAUUCAUCUGUAUAAAAUAUUCUCUGAAAAAAAAAGAAAAAAGAAUUUGAAUUUAAUUUAAAUUUGUUUUGAGAUCAGAGUCGUAAAAACUUAAUUUAACAAAAAUAAUUAAUCCUCUAUAUGCGACGAAUACUCGGUUAUUAUAUUGUUUUUAACAAUUAUCCAGCACGAAGGUAAGUUUUAAACGACAAUAAUCAUCAAAUCCAGUAAAUUCGUCUCGAAUCGUAAGUGUUCACGAACUACACGAAAUUUCAUCUCGACAUUCAUCGAUACCAUUCCACGCAGCGAAAACUUCUUUCCAAAUACUCGCAUGGGCCCGGGGAGCUUCGUCAAGUAUUCGAUUCGGCUGUACCUUGCCCGCGAGUGUCGAUUCUCGAUCAACGUCGAUCGUCAACGUCAACGGUGUCACAAGGACCGACGAUUGUUAUCCCGGAAUCUCAGUGCUCUCGAUUUAUAAUGCAUUGAAAAACAAAAAGAAAAAAAAAAAAGAAAAAGAA